AUGAAUCCGCGUCCUGCCCGGUGUGUCCCGCUGCGUGGCUUCGAGCAGGUGUCCACCGCGGCGUCCGCUUGCGUCAUACUGACUCUUGUGGAAGAGUUGCUCGCGUCAGCCCCUGUUUUGCGACUGAGACCCGCUCACGGGCACUGUGCUGGACCGUGCCCAUCAGCACCGUGA